GUGUUGAUUUAUGGAAACAAUUACAAUAUUGGUGGAGUCUUUCUGAGCUGAGAAAGUUUGUAGCUACAAUAGAGUAUCUCAUGUUGCAAAAAGCAGACAACAGAAAUGGAAUACUUGGGUAUCCAGCUCUUAUCAACAGGAACAAAUCUUUUACUUUCAGUGCAAGCAGCAAAUUCAAGUAGUACAGAAGGUCACAACAACAAAGGUUUUUAUAACUUGUGUCUUUAAAGGAUAUUCUGACUGCAGAGAUUUUUAAGAAGCUCUUCUAUUUCACCAUUAACUAUUAAGGAAUAAACGAUCAGAAUUCUAGAAGAGGGAACUAUCUCGUUUAAAUGAAUCUGUAACUCGUAAAGACAGAAGGCAGGUCGGUGACCUAAGAGCAACAGUCUACUUGAGAUUUAAUUUUCAUUAUGUUGUUCAUGAACACCCAGAACACUGCACUAUAAUGCACAAAUGGAUACUGACAUGGAUCCUGCCAAUUUUGCUCUACAGAUCAUACUUUUACAUUAUCUUUCUAAUGGGCACUAUAUCUUUAGCUUGCAAUGACAUGACUCCAGAGCAAAUGGCUACAAAUGUGAACUGUUCCAGCCCUGAGCGACAUACCAGAAGCUAUGAUUAUAUGGAAGGGGGGGAUGUAAGAGUAAGAAGACUUUUCUGUCGAACUCAGUGGUAUAUGAGGAUUGAUAAGCGAGGCAAAGUAAAAGGGACAAGAGAAGCAAACAACAACUACAGUAUUCUAGAAAUCAGAACAGUGGCAGUUGGAAUAGUGGCAAUCAAAGGAGUGGAAAGUGAAUACUUUCUAGCAAUGAACAAGUCAGGAAGACUCUAUGGAAAGAAAGUAUGCAAUGAGGAUUGCAACUUCAUAGAACUAAUUGAAGAAAACCAUUAUAAUACAUAUGCUUCUGCAAAAUGGACACACAAAGGAAAAGAGAUGUUUGUUACACUAAACCAUAAAGGUGUUCCUAUGAAAGGUAAAAAAACAAAGAAAGAACACAGAGCAUCCCAUUUUCUUCCUCUGGCAAUAUCCUAAUCAAACAUGAUCUAUAAAGAACUAGUUCCAGCAGGAAGAUUAUUUUUAAAGAAGACUAUUUGACAAGGUAUCAAGAGAGGCUGGAAUACUACUGAGAAACUGAACAAGCUGGACUUGCGCAUUUAUGUUUAUUUUUAAGAGACUACAUGGAAAAGAUUUGAAAAUAUACACAAAACCAGAUUUGCUAACUAAAAGCUGUAAAGAAUUCUAAAGAGUUGUACAAUCAUUAUCUUAGUCAUUUUAACUGGGUAGUUUCUUAAAUUAAUUUACCCUGAAGAAUAAGUCAUGACUUGAUUAUCUGAUAAUAUUUUAUUUAAAAAAAAUAAAAUAAUUAAAAAAACCUAUCUGCUUCUUAAAUAUGGCUGCUAUAAUAAUAAUAAGCAGAUGAUAAUGUUGUGUAAAAUAUGUCAGACUUUAAGGCUGCUGGAAUGAGUUGUCAGAUUAUCAAGUCAAUAGUAAGUGUGGAGGCUGAGCAGUAUUUUAAAUACUUCCCCCAAGAAACUGAUAUCCUAUACAUAAACUAUAUGAUCAGAAAAAUAUAUAAUCUUGUAAAUGUCUAUUGUUGUAUUCAGAUAAAAGAGUUAGUUUGGAAAAAAAAAGUUUACUCUACUACAAAAUGUUCCUAUCUAUUAAUGAAACAAAUACUUAAUGCUGCUCUAAAAGAUGUUUCAAAAUAGUGUAUGUAAAAUAAGAAUAGGAAUAAAUAAUGUACUUCAUCUCACUUUUCACAAAGUAACAUUUUAUAUAACGAUGAAGCAAAAAUUCAGACAUAUUAAGGUAUUUUAUGUAACAUAUCCUAUCGUUUUUAUAAUUCCUGUUAGGGCAUACAGCUUUUAAUGUUUUGUUUUUGUUUUUGUUUUUUUCAUCCUUAUACAUGCUUUUUCUGUUGUUACAGUAUUAAACUUUAUUUUAAGU